CAAGAGUGAUGAGGCGAUAUCUUGCUGCGGGCCGUCUCGUCUGGCCCAACCGUGCGCUUUCGCCGGUCAUGCCGGUUGCCGGUUAUUCUUCGUCUGGCACCGCUGCAAUGACACUCGUGUCGAGGUGAGGAGCACGUUGCGUGAAAAAAACGAGCGCUAAAUCUAAAUACCACACGCGCCCUCACUUUUUGUUUUUCAUCCCCCGGCGCGUACCCGGGCGGAAAUUUGACAUUUCCGGGUUUCCGGUCAGCAGGCGGCAUAGUGCGACUUUUUGGUGGACGAUUCAAAUGUUGUUAGGGCACGACCGAAAGUGCUGAAGACGGAGUGUGUAUGUGGGUUGGAUUUCCGAGUUUGUUGGGACAGGUGAAUAAUGGAACAACUCCUCCAUGACAGAGAUAGAGUGGGAGUACAGGAUGCAGUUCUUUUGGAAAAUUACACUAGUGAAGAAGCAUUUGUAGAUAAUUUGAACAAAAGAUUCAACGAAAAUGUGAUAUAUACUUACAUUGGACCAGUGUUAAUAUCAGUAAAUCCAUACAGAGACCUGAAUAUUUAUGGACCAAAAACAGUGAAAGAAUACGACAAUAAGCAUUUCUUCGAAGUUCCUCCUCACAUAUUUGCCGUUACUGAUACCGCCUAUAGAUCGCUCAGAGAAGAAAACAGAGAACAAUGUAUAUUAAUAUCAGGAGAAUCGGGUUCUGGAAAAACCGAAGCCUCCAAAAAAGUUCUCCAUUACAUAGCAGAAGUAACAGACCACAGGGGAGACGUUGAAAAAGUCAAAGAUAAACUUUUAUUUUCCAACCCAAUCUUGGAAGCAUUCGGAAACGCGAAAACGAAUCGAAAUGACAACUCAAGUCGUUUCGGAAAGUAUAUGGACAUACAAUUCAACUUCGAAGGCAACCCAGUAGGGGGUAAUAUUUUGAAUUAUUUAUUGGAGAAAUCCAGAGUGAUAAGUCAAGUACCUGGUGAAAGAAAUUUCCACAUUUUCUAUCAAUUACUAACUGGGGCUGACGACGCGUUGAUGGACGAACUGAACUUGAAGAGAAACAUGUCUUCCUACUACUACUUGUCAAACGGGGAUAAGAGCAAUGUGGCAGUCAUUGAAGACCGAAAAGACUUCGGAGAAGUGAGGAAAGCUAUGUCAACGUUGGAAUUUACCGAAAGAGAACAAUCUGAUAUGUUUUCUAUAAUUUCUGCCAUAUUGCAUUUGGGUAAUGUUGGGUUUUCUGAAGAAGAAGGAGUUUCAACUAUCCUUAAACCUGAUAUCGUCGAUAUCGUUGCCAAGCUCCUGAAUGUUAACGCAGAAGACCUCAAAUUAGCGCUGAAGCAGAAAACAAUCGAGACCAUUCGCGAUGUGGUGACGAGCCCUCUGAACAGGGAACUAUCCAUAUAUGCAAGAGAUGCCUUGGCUAAAGCGAUUUACGACAGAUUAUUCACUUGGUUGGUCAAAAGGAUAAACAGCUCACUACAACCUGAAACUGAAAGAAAAAAUGUCGUCAUGGGUAUCUUGGAUAUUUAUGGAUUCGAAAUUUUCGAACGAAACAGUUUUGAACAACUCUGCAUAAACUACUGCAAUGAGAAACUUCAGCAGCUAUUCAUCGAUUUGACACUGAAAUCUGAACAAAACGAAUACGAGAAGGAAGGAAUCGAAUGGGAACAUAUCGAGUUUUUCGACAAUACAAUCAUCUGCGAUCUCAUUGAGAAAAAGCAUGAAUGCUUAAUUUCAUUCAUGGACGAAGAAUGUCUGAGGCCAGGAGAACCAAGUGACAUAACUCUUCUUGCUAAACUAAAUACAAAACUGUCAUAUCAUCCGCAUUACAUAAGUCAUCAGAAGGCUGAUGUGAAAUUACAAAAAAUCAUGGGAAGAGAUGAAUUUAGACUGAUUCACUAUGCUGGAGCCGUGACCUACAACGUGAAAACGUUCAUCGAAAAAAACAACGAUCUCCUGUUUAGAGAUUUGCGAGAAGUGAUGGUCAAUUCAGACAACAGUAUUAUCAAGUCAGUAUUUCUAGAAUCGGAACAAAAGAGCAAGAAGAGACCAGAGACUGCAAUCACACAAUUCAAAACGUCCGUAAAUAACCUCAUGAAUAUAUUGAGAGAUAAGGAGCCUUCAUACAUCAGAUGUAUCAAGCCCAAUGAUUCGAAAAGAGCAGCUUACUUCGACUCUCAUCUAGUCACUAAUCAAGUCACAUAUCUGGGUCUAAUGGAAAACUUACGUGUAAGAAGAGCAGGUUUCGCCUAUCGCCGAACUUACGAACAAUUCCUAAAGAGAUACAAAUGUCUUUCGAAAGACACUUGGCCAAACUACAAUGGAAACGCCAAAGACGGGGUAGAAGCUUUGGUGCGUUCCCUAGCCUAUGGCGACAAAGAAUACCAAAUGGGAAAGACCAAAAUCUUCAUUCGGCAUCCGAAGACCCUAUUCAGCACAGAAGAUGCUUUUCAACUGAAGAAAAAUGAAAUUGCUGCCAUCAUUCAAUCAGCUUGGAAAGGUUUGGUGCAGAGGAGACGCUACCUCAAAAUGAGGGAAUCUGCGAUCAUUCUCCAAAAGAAUCUGAGAAGAACCCUAGCUAUUCGGCAAGCUGAAAUCAGACGAAAAGCUGCCCAUUCAAUAAGAAGGUUCAUCAAAGGAUUCAUUACGAGAAACGACGAACCAACCGAGGACAACAAAAAAUUCCUCAGCCUGGCGAAAGUCCAAUGGCUCCAUAGACUAUCGAAAAACCUUCCCAAGGACAUACUCCACAGGACACCUUGGCCGCCUUGCCCCCAUGUUUGCAGGGACGCCUCCAGCUAUCUGGAAACUAUGUACGGCGCACACCUUUCCAGGAAAUACCGUCUCCAGCUGACUCCAGAAAGAAAGCGACAAUUUGAACUGAAAAUUCUCGCUGAAAAGUUGUUCAAAGGUAAAAAGAAGACUUACAAUGGAAGUAUUCCAAAUCCAUUUGUGUUCGACAGGGUAACUGAUGCUAGUUUUACAUUGAAAGAAAUGUACUCGGCACAAUUGAAUGGUGACAAAGAAACUUACUCGACAGAUGUGAUAAAAUAUGACAGGCAUGGCUACAAACCAAGAGAACGAAUCAUGAUGAUAAGCAAGCAGAAUCUGCAUCUUUUAGAAUGUAAAGGAUCUUUGAAACAAAAACACUGCUUGCCACUGAAACGGUUGAACUUUGUUAUAACUCCGGAAGAUGACAAACUGUUGCUUGUUCAGAUACCUGAAGACCUUGUGAAGAAAGAUAAGGGAGACCUGAUACUAGAGGUUCCAAAUUUAAUAGAAGCUAUUACUAUGAUCGUCGAUACUGUGCAGAAUUCCGAUAUGUUGAGGAUUAUCGGCCAAUCACAUAUUGAACAUAACAUGAAGGGCAAACAUGGUACAAUCGAUAUUCAACAUGGAACCGUCCCUAGAAUUCACAAAGAUAAAAGUGGUCAUCUUUUAAUAGUUGUAUCUCGCUGA